AUUUGUUUCAGUUUGUGAUAAUUCUAAUAUUUAAUAUUUCAGUGGGCAUUUUUUUUAAAUUAACUGAGAUCUAUAAAUUGUUUCUGUUUUAUUUCAAUAAGCCACUGUAAAGCAUGACUAUACAUAUAAGUACAGCUAUAUUAUUCAUAGUAAUAAAUAUAUAUUCAAGUUGUUCUAUUUUUAGAUUAUUGGAAAAACAGCUACAAAAUACGGAGAAGGAACUGAACGCAAAGACGAGCGAAUACCAGAAGGAGAUUACCGACCUGAAGAGGGAAAAUGAAAAACAAAACCAACUAAUACAAAAGUCGCUGUCCCUCACCAGUGAUGCCAAGAUCGAUGCUACUAUGCAACAUGAAAUCACCAGACUCACCUCAGAAAACCUGGACCUGAGCGAACUGGUGGACCAGCAAGCUGAGCAGAUCAGAAAACUGAAUAAAAUGUUGAAGGUUACUGCCAAGAGGUCGAAAGAGGGAGAAGCUGCUGAUAUUCAAGCAGAAUUAGAGAGAGAUGAGGCGAAGAGUGUUGAAAAUGUGGCGCAGGUGAAACAUCGGGAAAGAAAUUACAUGGGCAUGCUGGAAUACAAGAAAGAAGAUGAAACCGCGCUUUUGACAGCUCUAAUACAAGAGCUAAAACCAAAGGUGGCUGCUGGCUUGUUACCUGGGCUCCCAGCCUAUGUCCUGUUCAUGUGCGUGCGUCAAACCGACUACGUGAACGAUGCUGAGAAAGUUAGAUCAUUCCUAACCAGCACCAUCAAUGGAAUAAAGAAAGUUGUUAUGAAACAUCAUGAUGACCUUGACCGUGUCACCUUGUGGCUUGCCAACACCUGUCGUUUCCUGCACACAUUAAAACAGUACAGCGGAGAAAAACAAUUCCAACAAGAAAACUCUCCUCGGCAAAAUGAACAUUAUUUACGAAAAUUUGAUCUUGGCGAUUUUCAGAAAGUGUUCAGUGACCUUGCCGUGCGGAUUUACCAGACUUUAAUAAAGCUGAUGGAGGCCACAAUACAGCCUUCUAUUGUGGCAGCAGUAAUAGACCAUGAAGCUAUUGCGGGUCUGACGGGUAGCAAACCAAGCGGGCUCCGAGGUCGCAGUUCCAGUCGUGCAGAUGACACGCCCGAACAUUCCCUUGAUAGUCUCAUGAAGGCUAUGAACCAAUUUGUUCGAGUUCUUACACAACAUGCAGUUGACCCGGAGCUGGUAAAACAGAUAUUCCGUCAAGUGUACUACUUCCUCGGUGCGAGUGCACUCAACAAUCUCCUACUCAGGAAGGAGAUGUGUAACUGGUCCAAAGGCAUGCAGAUUCGGUACAACCUAUCCCACAUGGAACAAUGGUUAUGUGAUAACAAACUCCAGGAAUCAGGUGCGGGUUCCAGCCUGGAACCCAUCGUCCAAGCCUCCCAGCUUCUUCAGGCGCGAAAAACCGACGCUGACUUGGACAGUGUGUGUGACAUGUGCUCCAAACUCACUGUUCCCCAGAUUGUCAAAAUCCUGAACCUCUACACGCCGGUGGACGAGUUUGAAGAGCGGGUUCCAAUAUCGUUCAUACGCAAAAUUCAGCAGAAGUUGAAAGAACGUGUAAACACUGACAAUUCCCUUCUUAUGGACCUGAAGUUCUCGUAUUCUGUUACAUUCCCAUUUACCCCUUCCAAAAUCAUCGUAGAAACCAUAGAAGUCCCUGAACAACUGCAUAUAAACAAGCUUGUUUCAAGAUGUUAGCUUGUAGCUUUCAAGUUCUCGUUAUUCAUUAAGUGUGUAGCUAUGGUAAUGAUAAAAUUGGACCAAUAGCAAAAAAAGGUUUAGCAAUAUGCUGAAACAACUUCAGAUGCUAGCUUGCCAUUUGGUCAACUUUUUUACCUAUGCUCAUGUGCACUAUAGAUCCAAGGAUGAUUUUAUCUAUUGGAUGAAAGCUGUUCCACUUUUUCUGUAAAUCCUAAAUCACCUUAGAAAUACAUAUUGCUGUGCACACUGCCAUAAGUGUAUGUGAACAGUUGUUUUAUUCAAUGAAGUCAGCCUAGGAUUGGAUAAAGAUGUUUUUUAUAUAGCAAAAUUGAUGCUAUCAUUGUUGUACAUUAUAUCAUUUUUAAGUUGGUAGCAAAAAGAACUUUAGUCAAUAACUUUAUUUAAAUAAAUGAAGAGGCAAUGAGUUCAUUGUUUAUCUUGUGCAUGUUGUUAAGUGAUGCUGUUUCAUUGCAACCCCAAAUCUCUCUCCCAGUGAUCCCAUCGGAUAGUGUAGUAAAUGUCUUAUUAUCACAGCCAUGUGAUUUUGUAUGCCACUGUUAAAAGUCAUGGUUAUAUUCAUAUUGUGAUGUGUUAUUAUGAGUGGUUAUUUAUUGCAUCCUGAUCAGUAGCUAUAAGUGAAGAUGUCAUAUAUAUAUAUCACACGUUGUGUACACAAAUCCUUUUUUUUCAAAAUGGCUUAUUAUGAAAGAAAAGUAUGAUUUUGCAUGCUUUUAAGUAGUGCAAUUCUAUUCCAACCCCAAAUUUCACUCCCAUAGAGCCCAAUAGUUUUUUUUUUUUAUUUUGUCAUAUCCAUGUGUGUGUGUUUCGAGAGUGUUGGCUAACAAUG